CAUUUCCCAAGGGAGGAAACAGACCCAGAAGAAAUUCGCUCAAGGCCACCGCAGGAGGUGGGGUCAGAGGCGGACCCGGAAGCUCAUAGUUGCAGAAAUGGGGGCCCAAGGCUAGGAUUCCUAAGUCCCAGGGCAGGGCGCUCUCCUCCAGCAGAGCCCGGGGAAGUCCUCCUGGACGCGGAAGCGCUCACUGUGGGAAAACCGAGGCAGGAGUGGUCUACGGAAGAAAUUUUGAGGUUGGGGAAAGGAAGAAGCAAAGGACUCGUUCCACGCUGCCCCGACCCCAAAGGACCCGGUGCGUUUAAACAUUCCGUGAGGCUGAAGCCUCGCGAGAGAAAGACGCGGCCCAGUCCUGAAUAAAUAUGAACCAGACGGUGCCUCUCCCUGAAAUAUGGCAUUACUUCCGCCCCAAGCAAAGAUGGAACAGCGGAGCCCGUCUGUCCGGAAGGAGGCCCCAUAGAGGUACUUCCGCCCCCCCCUCAAGAUGGCACCAGCGGAAGCGGCAGGGAACCGCUGGGUGGCGAUGGCAGCGUCGAGGCUGGAGCUGAAUCUGGUGCGGCUGCUGUGCCGCUGCGAGACGAUGGCAGCAGAGAAGCGGGACCCGGACGAGUGGCGGCUGGAGAAGUACGUGGGGGCCCUUGAGGACAUGCUGCAGGCCCUGAAGGCUCAGGCGAGUGGGCAGGUUUUCCUCUUCUUGACUUCCAGCAAACCAGCCUCAGAGGUAAUCAAUGAAUAUUCCCGCAAGGUGGAUUUUCUGAAGGGAAUGCUGCAAGCUGAGAAGCUGACCUCUUCCUCAGAGAAGGCACUAGCCAACCAGUUUCUGGCCCCCGGCCGCGUGCCAACCACAGCCAGGGAGCGGGUGCCUGCUACCAAAACAGUGCAUCUGCAGUCACGAGCACAGUACACCACCGAGAUGAGGAGUGAGCUUCUAGCCAUGGACUCUGCUGGAGAGCCUGAGCUGGAUGUGAGGAAGAGAAUUGGGGUGUCAGGGCCCAGGCCAGUGGAUGAGAAGCAAUCGGCAGCCGAACUAGACCUUGUCCUGCAGCGACAUCAGAAUCUCCAGGAGAAACUGGCAGAGGAGAUGCUAGGCCUGGCCCGGAGCCUCAAGACCAACACACUCGCUGCCCAGAGCGUCAUCAAGAAGGACAACCAGACCCUGUCACACUCACUAAAGAUGGCUGACCAGAACCUAGAGAAGCUGAAGACAGAAUCAGAGCGGCUAGAGCAGCACACACAGAAGUCAGUCAAUUGGCUGCUCUGGGCCAUGCUUAUUAUUGUCUGCUUCAUCUUCAUCAAUAUGAUCCUCUUCAUCCGUAUCAUGCCGAAACUCAAAUGAAGAUCUGACCUAACUCAUCUUCUACCCUCCAUCUGUCCAGGGGUGCCCUUUGGGGUUGGCAACAAGAUAUGAGGGUUUUUGAAGGUUCCUGAGAGCCACAGAGUGUGCAUGAGCAGGAGAGCAAGGUCAGUCUGCAGGGGUGGUAAAUCAGCAAACUCUCCUUCCAUUCCUCACUGGUACCUUCCCCACACUGAAAAAGACUGAGCCCCAAGAACCCCCAGUCUAGUGCAGUGAGAGCCGAAUAUAAUGCCCUUCAGCCCUGUGGGGUCAGGGUGAUGCCUGGAAUGUGGGAGAGGAGUGGGGGUGGGGGUGCCUGGAGGUCAGCCUGAAGGAGGGGCCAUCAGUGCUGGGGCUUCCUUGGGAUUAAAGGUGGUAAUUCAGGGACUGGGCUCAGCCCAGCCAUAGCCUAACUGUUUAGGAAGCUGUAUAGGUUUCAGGCAAUCAUUCAACAAACACGUAAGGGUCAGUGGAGGCUCUGCCCUGCCCUAUCAGGUCACAGUCUGAUCAUUGCAGAGAAAACGGGUGGCCACUGGAGUUGGGACCCUGGAAGAGGUCAUAGAGUGGGAGUCCCAGGGGAACCAUUGGUCCUGGGCUCUGCUCACUCCCACUCCAGAUUCCUGGGGCAAAACUUAUAGCGGGGUUGACCAAGGGAGUUUUGUGAGGGAGAGUGGACAGGUGACAUGGGGCUAUGUGGGGAAAAUGGAAGUUCCUGUAGCCAGGAUCCUCACCUGACUGUAAACUAUUUGAUGACGUAAUUGGCUUAUUGCUAAGCUAAUGCCUCUACACCCAUUAGCAAUGAGCUAUUAUUGACUGAGUUGCUAUAUAAAGCACUCCACCUAGUGCUCUGGGCAGAGUGCUCCAUCAGAGAUGGAGGUGGAUUACGGACCUGCAGACUACCGGAUGCAGACAUGAUUCUAGUGCUCAACAUACCACCAUGAGAAUAAAGCUGGGUAUAAACCCUUUUA